CGGAGCCCGAUCCGUCCGCGAUCGCAGAGCUACCAGCGCCUGCAGGCCCAUCCAGCGGGAGAGCCCGGGGGAGUAGCAGCGCCGGGACUUCGCGCGCCCUGAGCGUCCUCCAAGGUGGACGAUCUGCGACCCCGCGGGCUGCGCCAGUUCACCCCCUCAGGUGAGCCGGCGGCCAGGUGCCCUUGGAGCCGUUCCUCCUGCGCAGCUCGGUUCACCAGGGACAUUUCCCUGUAAACAGGUAAAGCGCACGGUCACCUGAGAUUUAGCUAGCUGACACUGGAUGUCACCAUUGUGCUGUGGAAUGUGGACACAGAACAGGGAAGCCAGCUUUGUUGUGAUGGAAACACCCCUGAACUUGGUGGCUAAAAGAUAAAGGUUUGAGUUUCAACCCUGUUAAGUUUGCUGUGAUCUUCGACAGAAUUCAAGAUGACAACAGUAGCGAUGACCUCAGAGGACCUCUCAAGGGGUGAGACAGAAGAUAAUUCUUCCCCGUAUGAGUCCUCAUCAGCGCACAUUAUCGAGGAAACCGAAUAUGUGAAAAUGAUCCGAACUACUCUGGAAAAGAUCCGAAGUCAGAUGUUUAGAGAUGAAGCAGGACAUAACAGUGCAAAGCACAGACUAGACGCAAAGUGCUGUCGAAACAUUCAGAACGGCUCUGACUCUGCGGUGGACCCCUUGUGCUGCGAUCUGAAUCUGCUCAUGGAAAGGAUGAAAGGCAAAGACCUGCAGCUCUUAGAAAUGAACAAAGAGAAUGAAGUGUUGAAAAUCAAGCUGGAAGCCUCCAGAGAAGCCGGGGCAGCGGUCCUGAGGAACGUGGCCCAGAGGCUCUUUGAGAUCUACGAAACGCAGUCUGAAGACGUGAAAAAGAAGCACGAGGAGAGUAAACUCUCUCUCCAGGUUAACAAACUGGAAAAAGAACAGGAACUGCAACAACAGCUUGAAAAUCUGAACCAAGCUGCAGAAAAACUUGAAGAGAAGCAUAAUCAAAUCACAGCGUUGGAGAACCUUGUUCAGAGGAUGGAAAAGGAAAAGAGCACACUGCUAGAAAGAAAACUGUCUUUGGAAAGCAAGCUGAUGCACCUCAAAUCCAGCACUACGCAUGUGAAAAGUUGCCAGGAUCUUCAGAAGGAGAUCUCCCUUCUCCAGGAGCAGAUCUCGCAUCUGCAGUUCGUGAUUCACUCCCAGCACCAGAACCUGCGCCGAGUCAUCCAGGAGAUGGAAGGAUUAAAAAAUAAUUUAAAGGAGCAAGAUAAAAGAAUUGAAAACCUGAAAGAAAAGGUUAAUGUGCUGGAAGCCCAGAAUAAAGAACUAAAAACCAAAGUGGCACUUUGGUCUGAAACUCCUAGGACAAUGGCGUCUAAGGCCGUGGCUACAAGCGACCUGAAGACUGAAGGCGACACCCCCUACUUCAUGUUGGUUAGGCUACGGAAAUGAGCUGCCUGGCUGAAGAUCGAAUGAGAAAGAACACUACGUGGGUCUUAUUUGUUCCUUGAAACACAGUGGAAACUUGCAUGUUCGAAAUGGCUCAAUGCCAGUAUUUCAUGGAAUUCAUUAUACAUCAAUGGCUUUGCAGGAAGAUGACACUCCAGGAAAUCAAACAAAUAUAUAUUUGAGGGAAGGAAAUCUUUCUUCAGAACUUAAUAAAUGGGUAAAGAAACCAGGUUCCUUACCCUGAUGGAAGAUGAAUUCUGUUUUUAAGUUUUAAAAACCUGAAUCUUUUUUGUAGGUUUUUGCUGAAAGGAGUGGUUUAAGGUUAUCAGCUUUGACCUUGUCAUAAGUUUCCAUUUACUUAAGUAGAAGGAAGAGUUUUUAUGUGUAUGAAUGGAUGUUGUAUGUCAAAGUUGACUUUUGAAUAAUAAAAAUAUCUUACCAUGAUUUUAAGUUCAUCUUCUGACCAUUGUUAGAGGAACAGUUAUUUUCUACUGAAUUAUGAGCAGGGGAAGUUUCUUUUUAGCUUAUUCUCCAGCACACACAACCCUCCCAAACUGAGAGUCAUGGCCAGCUCCCCACACCUGAGGAGCUGGGACUGCAAGUUGGUUGCUAAAGGCACCACCGCCCCCGCCCCAACACACACACACAUAAGUACAAAGCAAUGCACUUUGUGAUUAAUUUUCUUUUUCCAUAGUCAUUAUAUUAUCCAAGUCAUGUUGUUAGCUCAUACCUCCAUAAAAAUACAUGUGUCAUGAGUUCAAAGAGCAGUGGCUGCUGUCUGCAGCCAGGAAGAAUUGGACUUCGUGAGUUCAAAUCAUGUGUCCAGUGCUUUUGUGAAAGCGUGCUUGAAUUUGCAACCAUGCUUUCAUUACAGGUGGAGUUUAUGAUUGCCAUACAGCCGAACUCCGACUUGGAGAAAUGCACAUAGUGACACUCAGGAAGACAGAAAGCUUGUUGAGUAAAGGAAUAAAGGGAGACUUAGCCAUCCUACAGGCUGAAUUAUUUUAGCCUUUUGAUCAUCCUCUUCAGUGUACAACUACAAACAUUUUCUCAGGAAAGAUGCUUAAAGCCUUUCAAUGCAGAAUGUGAAAUAUCAGUGUUAUCUAUGAAAUAUUUAAAGCUAUGAACAACUGAGGUGAAGUAGUGGGUUUAUAAAUUCAUCAGAGUACUGUAACCCUUGAAAUGUUACAUAGCUGGGCAGUAGAAAAAUGUACCUUUCACUCAGAGAUUAUGUAGGUUCCUCUUACCCCUCAAUCAUUAUGCUGGAUUAUAGUAAAUAUGAGAUUUGUGAAUGAACCAGUCUAACUAAGCUAACCACAUGGGUGGUUUCCAUUAGAAAAAU